AAACCCGAUAUCAUGGACCCGCCGGGACAAUGAGCCGCAUCUCGCUCGUCGGGGGGGCAUAAAUCGGACAACGGCAAGACCACCGGCCCAAAAACCGUCAAUGAAGCGCUCGAGUAACUUUGGACUCACCGCGGUACGUUAUAGCUUGAUGCCUUCCAGUUGCCGAUUGUUCCAAAUUCGUUCGAGAUGUGGAGCCGACAUGCUCCGUCAUGUUUCAGUAUCCCCUCUUACGCAUACCUUUUCCCCUCGGGUUAGUGAUCAUCCUUUUGAUCCUCAGGAUCGAUCAUCAAUUAGGUACUCCGUACACGCGCAUGUGGCACGUUCCAGACCCCCGACCCUACCACAGUACAUCAUCCCCCACAACACAUCAACUACAGUACCUAGCCUGCUCUCGUCAAACGAGAUACCCACAUCGGCGGUGCCCACACCCUGGUUGCCGGCAUCCAGCACCCUCAUCCCAAUGGCGGUGUAUGUUUCGGCUCAUCCGUGAGGGAGCCACUUUGAGCCUCCUAUAAGGAGUAUAGCCAGGGAAGCGUACAAAAACGUACACUACACGUAAGUCUCCAGGGGGGCAGAUGAGCAGGUUUGGCCACUUGCACCAAUCGCAGGGCUGUCUCGUAGAUCGGAGCAAAUCCUGUCAGUGACUUCGGAUUCGUUCGGCAGUACUAAACUAAACGACGCAACUGA